AUGUACCAGAUGGUCCCAAAUGAAUCACGUCAGUACUUGGGGGUUGUCCGGUUACUUCAGCACUUUGGGUGGACAUGGGUUGGACUCUUGGCUGUGGAUGAUGAUUAUGGGGACAAGUUUUUGCAGACAGUGGUACCACUCCUUUCUCAGAAUAGUAUCUGCUAUGCAUACAUACUUCGAUUACCAAAACGGACUUAUGUGGAUGAUUAUACAGACUUGCUUUUAAACCUGCUACAACAUUAUUCAGUUCUCAUGGGGAAAAAAUCCAGUGCAUGUUUUGUACAUGGAGAACCUCCAUCUUGGCAGAAUUUGAGAAUAAUGCUCUUCUUAGCACCACUUUUUUCAUUGCCGCCCCUGGGUAAAGUGUGGAUUGCAACAUCCCAAUGGGAGUUUCAAGCCCUGUCUAUUCAAAAAUUGUGGGAUAUGCAGAAUUUCCAUGGUGCCAUAGCCUUCAUGGUUCACUCAAACCAGCCACAUGGAUUCCAGGAAUUUCUUCACACUGUAAAGCCUAACUGGACAAAAGGAGACAAUUUUAUUCAGAAUUUCUGGGAGCAGGCUUUUAGCUGUCCAUUAAAAAUCCCCAGUGUGAAUGUAGAGGACAAGGAAUUCUGCUCUGGGGAUGAAAAGUUGGAGAGCCUUCCUAGUACUUUCUUUGAAAUGAACAUGACUGGCCAUAGUUAUAACAUCUACAAUGCUGUCUAUGCUGUUGCACAUGCUUUGCAUGCCAUCUAUGAAUCCAGAAGAAGACGGGUGGAGAGAAGGAGAUGGGCAAUUCAGAAUGUACAACCAUGGCAGUUCCAUCAUUUUCUAAGGAGCAACUUGUUCAACAACAGUGCUGGAGAUACUGUGACUUUUGAUGAGAAUGGGGAAUUAGUAGCUGGUUUCGAUGUUACGAACUUGGUUACAUUCCCAAAUAACUCUUUUGUUAGAGUAAAAGUUGGAAGACUUGAACCUUGGGGUCCUCCAGGGAAAGAGUUGAACCUUGAUGACAAUCAAAUUCAGUGGCAUAGAAACUUUAACCAGGUGCUGCCCCUUUCUGUGUGCAAUGAUAACUGCUAUCCAGGCUACAGCAGAAAAAAGAAGGAAGGAGAGACAUUUUGCUGCUAUGAUUGCAUUCCCUGUCCAGAAGGGAUGAUCUCAGACAAGAAAGAUAUGGAUGCCUGUAUCAAAUGUCCAGAAGAUCAAUAUCCUAAUAAGAACCAAAAUCAAUGCAUUUCCCGUGCUCUGAGCUACUUAUCUUACAACGAAACUUUAGGGAUCAUAUUUAAUAUAUUGGCUAUUUCUUUCUCUUUGAUUACAACUGCAGUGCUUGGAAUGUUUAUCAAGCACAAGGAUACCCCCAUAGUCAAAGCCAACAACCAGAACCUCAGCUACGUCCUCCUCAUCUCCCUCCUUCUUUGUUUCCUCUCAUCCCUGCUGUUCAUUGGACGGCCUGAAAAGAUUACCUGCCUUCUACGACAAACAGCUUUUGGCACCGUCUUCUCUGUGGCCCUUUCCUCUGUGUUGGCAAAGACCAUCACUGUGGUUCUGGCAUUCAUGACAACCAAGCCAGGUUCUAGAAUGAGGAAAUGGAUGGGGAAAAGACUGGCAAGUUCUCUUGUCCUUUCUGGCACCUUUAUCCAAGCAGGCAUUUGUACAAUUUGGCUAAGUACUUCUCCUCCAUUCCCAGAUCUGGACAUGCACUCACUGAAGGGCAAAAUCAUAGUGGAAUGUAAUGAAGGCUCAGCUGUCAUGUUUUCCUGUGUCUUGGGUUACAUGGGCUUCCUGGCCAUUGCCAGCUUCACCGUGGCUUUUCUGGCCAGGAAGUUGCCAGAUACUUUCAAUGAAGCCAAGUUUAUCACUUUCAGCAUGUUGAUCUUUUGCAGUGUUUGGUUCUCCUUUGUUCCAACAUACCUGAGCUCGAAAGGAAAAUACAUGGUAGCUGUGGAAGUCUUCUCUAUCUUAACCUCCAGUGCUGGCUUACUGGGUUCUAUUUUUUCCCCUAAAUGCUUUGUCAUCAUACUGUGGCCUCAGCUAAACCAGAAGGAACAUUUGACAAGGAGACAAAAGUAA